AAAGAAAGAAGAAUAGUCAAAGCUUACCGGUGCCGCCAGUCCAUGGCCGAUCAACCUCUUCAUUUUUCUUUAUUCUUCUCUAUAAACUCUCUCUCUAAAAACCCAUUUCUCUCUCUAAGCUGCCCUCAAAAUUUUUUUGAUUCAACGAAAAAAAAAACCUCAUCGUUGUCUUAAUUUCACUGCUCUGUUCUUCGUCAAUGGCGCAACGGUCACAUGUACCAGCUUUUGGAAAUUGGGAAAGCGAAGGGAAUGUUCCAUACACAGUGUUCUUUGACAAGGCGAGAAAGGGCAGAGGCGGUGGACCAAUCAGAAACCCAAACGAUCCUGAGGAAUAUCCAGACAUCCUCAAGGACAAUUCCCAUGAAGCUGCUCCAACCAAACCCAAUCCUAAGGACGAUACUACGGCACCAAAACCUAUGACUCAUGAGAGGAGGCAUAGUCGAGAAGACGGUGGCUUUCGCCCCUAUGCCAACUCUCCCGGCAACCGUGAGAAUCCCGGUCGGAGACAGAGCGGUUCCGAAUAUAGCAUUGACCGCUCUCCUCUCCAUCGCCAGGCGAAGCCCUCGGGAAGAGACAGCCCGGUGACGGAGGGCAAGAGCUUUGAGGGUGGUUAUGGCAACCGUGGGAAGACUAGAAUGAAGAAUGAUGCCACUCCGGAACCGGAAGGGACGGCGGUGCCGAAGUUUGGAUCGUGGGAUGUGAACAAUCCGGCGUCGGCCGACGGUUUUACACACAUUUUUGGUGAAGUUCGAAAGGAAAAGCUGGGGCCAGGAACCCCGCCGCCGCAACAUUCUUCUUCCCCUUACAACAAUGUUAAUAACCGAAGACCCAACGACAGUGUCAAGGGAGGGUGCUUCCCAUGUCUAAGAAGAAAAUAAGUUUGAUUUAUUGAGCAAUUGAAAGACUCUCCACUCCUCUCACCAAUCUGCAUCCACCAAAGGAUUUUACUCUGCAGAGUGGACUAUGUGUGUUGUUUUUUGUAUUUAUUAUAUAUAUAAUUUUUUUUUUCUUUUCUUUUUUUUUUUUUCCUUGUGGGAGAAACUUGUACUUGUUAGAUUUAUCUUCCUAUUUUUGGUCUUUUGGCUUAUUUUUCUGUAAUAUCCUCACUUUUUUUUUAAGCUUUGCUUCAUCUUUUGCCU